AUGAAGUCUUUUUGUAGGACUGAAAAUCAAUAUGUACGCUGUGGGCUGGCGGAGUUUUUGGGGACUCUCAUUUUAAUAGUAAGUAAGGAUUAUCGAGUAUUUUUUUUUAUUUAUGUUGAGAGAGAAUGUAUUAAAUUGUCCUUGUCCUGUUCAUUUUUGGAAUUAACCUGUCCACUUGUUUCUUAUUCAUUAACCUGAGAAGUCUUGGGGAUAAAGGAGAUGAAUUGGAAGCCUAGUUAGAGAAUAAUUCUCGUUUACGUUUUGGAAUUCCCCCAAACUUUUAUUAUAGUGCGUAACCCUGCAAAUGUGUGAGAUGGAAAUAAAGGGCACUCCUGCAAUCCAGUCUGAAAAAAGUUACACCAUCUAUGUCCAAUGCAGCAAUAAUUAUUAGGUUCUAAGAUGCCAGCAAUAGUCAGUAUGUCUGCAAUCUCUCUCUAGGAGAGAAUCAAUGCAGACAUUGAGACAUGCUGACUAUUGUUGUGAUCUGGGAACCUAAUAAUUCCGUAUGGGCAGCAUCUGCAUACUGUGCAUGUUGAAAUAGAUUUGUGUGAAUCCUUAUAUUGGCUGUUUGUAUGCCAUCGUCUAGUGGUGUGUGGAUUGCAAAAUGUAAGCAAUUAAAGUGUGAAUUAAAAAUGUAAGGCCAAAAUAGCUGCCUUCAAACAAUUCUCUAAGUCAGCUAUACUUUCAGUUCAACUAUUCUGGCCUUAAAUUUUGACAUUCACUUUGGUAACUAACCCAGAACGUACUUUUCUCGUAAAUGGCAUUGUUCUCAACAUUAAGGCUGUGCAGCCAGGGCCGGCGCGUCCAUAAGGCGGCACAGGCGGCCGCCUUUGGGCGCACGGGCUCUGGGGGCGCAAUAUUUCAGUGACCGGCAGGAGGGAAGCUCUCCCUCCUGCCUGGCCACCAUCUCGAACCCCGGCGCGGCAGUGCUGUGAUCAGACGCGGCGAGGGAGCUCUAACCUCUCUGCUCUGCUCCCUCGCGCGCUGUCUGCUGAUGCCACGGGAGCCGGAAUAUGACGUCAUCAACCCGGCUCCCGCGGUAUCAGAAGGCAGCCGCGAGGGAGCAGAGCAGAGAGGUUAGAGCUCCCUCGCCGCGUCUGAUCACAGCACUGCCGCACUGGACCCCAGGGAAUGAUUCAUCAUCCACACCAGCUCUCCAGGUAGGGAGGCUGGGUGGAAAAUGUUUAUUUAUUAAAAUAAUUAGUGAGUGUGUGUCUGUGAGUGACUGUCUGUGAUUGAGUGUGUGUCUGUGUGUGUGUGUGUCUGUGUGUGUGUGUCUGUGUGCCUGAGUGACUGUCUGUGAUUGAGUGCGUGUCUAUGUGUGUGAGUGUAUGUGUGUCUGUGUGUGUGUGUAUGUGUGCCUGAGUGACUGUGUGUCUGUGAGUGACUGUCUGUGAUUGAGUGUGUGUCUGUGUGUGUGUGUCUGUGUGUGAGUGUAUGUGUGCCUGAGUGACUGUCUGUGAUUGAGUGUGUGUCUGUGUGUGACUGUGUGUGUGUGACUGUGUGUGUGUGUCUGUGUGUGAGUGUAUGUGUGCCUGUGAGUGACUGUGUGCAUGAGUAUGUGUGUCUGUGAGUGAGUGUGUCUGUGAGUGUAUGUGUGUGUCUGUGAGUGAUUGUAUGAGUGUGUGUGUCUGUUUCUGUGAGUUCUUGUAUGAGUACUGCAUGUGAGUGUAUGAGUGUGGCAGUGUAUGUGUGUCUGUCAGUGUAUGUUUGUGAGUGUCUGUCAAAUCAGUGAGAGUAUCUUUGUCAUUGAGUCUGUGUAUGAGUAUCAGUGUGUCUGUCAAUGAAUGAGUGUGUGUCAGAUCAGUGAGUCUGUGUGUUUGUCAUUGAGUGUGUGUGACUGUCAGUGUGUAUACACCACUGAGUGUAGCGUGGCGGAGCGCAGUACAGGAGCUUCUGUUUCCUGUACCCGGCCAGACUGACCGGAGGUGCUCACUGAGAGAGCACUCCCUGUCAGUCUGGCUAGGUACAGAAAAUUGAAGCUCCUGUAGGGGAUAUCCUCCACUCUGCAACGUUACAAAGAGGUAGGAGGCACACCAGGAAGGGGAGUGCGACCACUAAAGGGGUGGGGGGUGCACCAAGGGACAGGGAGGGGAGGGGAGAGAAACCCCAAGGGACAGGAAAAAGAGGGGAGAGCUUAGAAGAACACUAAGGGACAGGGAAGGGAGGGGACCACUAAUGGACGGGGAGAGGGGCUGGUUAAGAGGCACAUAGGUGAAGAUGUUAUUUUGGCGGGGGGGGGGAGAGGUGGAAAGAUACAUCUUCGCCUAUGUACCCAAAAAUCUUUGCACCGGCCCUGUGUGCAGCAUAUCUGUCCCAGAAUGACUUCAUUAAGAUCUAACUCGACUUUAUAGUAAUCAUUAUGUGUGGAUCACUGAUUCAGUGGUUUGUUGGUUAAAUGAACACUUAAAGGGACACUGUAGGCACCCAGCCCACUUUAGCUCAUUGAAGUGGUCUGGGUGCUGUGUUCCUUUUGCACUUAGUGCUACAAUGUAAAACAUUGCAGUUCCAGAGAACUUCAAUGUUCACAUUGCAGCACUAAGUCUGCCUUUAGUGGCUGUCUACCAGACAGCCACUAAGGGUGCUUCCGGAAUUGAAAAAGACCUUUUGGUCCUUUUUGUGAAGUUGGAUGUCCUCAAGCUCUGCGCGAGGACCUUGAGCGUUGGAUUUUUUUCCUUAUCAAUGCUUCUCUAUGGGGAAAUCCUAAUGCAAACAGGACAUCGGCGCAGGAUUUAGGUAAGUGAUUGAAGGGGUUUUAACUCCUUCAGCACCGAGGGAGGAGGGCACCUUAGAAAUCUAUAGUGCCAGGAAAAUGGCUCUUGUUUUCCUGGCACUAUAGGAUCCCUUUAAAAAUGAAUUGCUUCCACACUUGUCAAAUCACCUACUCUUGCUGUUUAUAACUUUGUUUGUCUCUGUAGUUUUAUUCAACUACUCUUAAAAAAAAAAAUAAAAAAAAAAUAAAAAAAAAUUAUAUUAAUCCAAAAAUGUCUGGAGCUCGAACUGAUACUUCUCAUUGCAAAGCAUUCAAUUCACUGCUUCUCCAUUCGCUAUUACUCAAAGAUGUGACUAUGGUUCAGCUAGAGAAAUGUCCCAGAUCAGACAUCUCCCUACCCAUUGUAUGAGAAGCAUUACAACACCAAACAUGAAUUUCAAUUAUUGAAAGUGCUUCCAGUGGCUGAGUGAUUGUCUGAGGUACCCUGAGUGCAGUUUGUGUGUGUUUUUGCGCUCCGUGUGCCCUUUGAAGGAGAGAAGUUCCAAAAUGAUGUCCUGUAAUCUACGUAUAAGGAAACACCACUUCCCUCCACUCUUAUGUAAGAAAUAUGAACAAAUGUAUAAUUUUAGCUAGAAACAUGGGUAAUACUAACUGCCCUCUCAUGUCGGACUUUUUCUCAUUUUCUCUCUAGCUGUUUGGCUGUGGGUCUGUGGCCCAGAUGGAGUUAAGCGGCUUUGCCAAAGCUCAGUUUUUGAGUGUUAAUAUGGCGUUUGGCUUUGCAGUGACUGCUGGCGCUUAUGUAUGUGCUGGUGUGUCUGGUAAGUUCACAAUCCCUUACCGGCUGACCCUUCACGAUGCUCAUUCCUUCAGUUUGAUAUAAACCCUAUAAAUCCCUUGGAAACACAUAAGGGUAGAAACAAAAUAUGUGUCUAUAUCACAGAGCUCCACAGAAAUAAAACCCCCAGUAUUUUUUUUUCUUCCCCAAUUACUGAAAAGGUUAAUUUCUCUUUCUUUAAAAUAAAUAAAUAAACUUUAUGCAACUAUACAAAUGGUUGUGGUUUAGAAAAAUGCCCAGCAUGUAACUUUAUUUAUUUUAUUUUUUUGCUGCUAAAACUGUACUUGGCGUCUUACAAACCAGAUUUAGUUUACUAUAACAUGCAUUGUGGCAUGUGAUGUGCCCCUUUUAUUAUACCGAAUAGAAUAAGGCACUGGGAAAACAAACAGUAUAUAUGUUGUUCACUCUAUACUGUGGCUCAGAUGUUCUCGAUUUUCUCCAUCUAUUCCCUGUAAUCUUCAUAUGGACAUUGUUCCAUCUUUUUGUAACUGUGUUCACCUGGAAUACAGUGUGCUCAGUGCCACCUCUCCUGUAAUAUUUUUUUUUUUUUUAAAUUAAUUUAUAAAAUAUUUUACCAGGAUGGAUACAUUGAGAUUUCUCUUGUUUUAAAGUAUGUCCUGGGUCCACAAAACAUUGCAUUGAUACAAUAGGGUACAAUAAAUCCAUACUGACGAUCUGUCAUUGAGUAGACAUGGGUACCUGACCCAUGUGCCACAAUCCCCAUACUCCAAAGCUUCUCUUGUAUUAAUAGGUCUUGAGGAUGAAAAGUUUCUAGGGGUUUACAUGUAAACCUCUGAAACUGCCAGGUUCCCCACUGACAAGUCUCAGCACAACCUAUAUUGAGAUGAGUUUUGGCGCUUGGUGUCCCUUUUUAAGAAACUGGUUCUUUGGAGAGAUGGAAAUAUCGCAUGCUACCUGUGUUCUUGUACCUUGCAGGAGCCCAUCUGAAUCCCGCUGUUUCUCUUUCAAUGUUUCUUCUUGAUAAACUAACUUGGAGAAUGAUGCUGGUCUACUGGUUGGCGCAGUUUCUAGGGUCUUUUGUUGGUGCUUCCUUCGUCUUCUUCUUGUACUAUGGUAAGGAUCGAAACUAAAGAAACUGUCUGGCCUAAUAUGGGAAUUCAUCACUAUGACUCAUUUUAUGGUAUAGUUUAACAAGAAUUGUAAAAUAUCCAAAUUCAUUAAUGGUUUUGCAAGUUUAUUAGAACAGAUCUUUCAGUCAAAAUGCUUUCACUUGAUAGUGUUGUCUAUCUUGUCUUACAAGAAGGCACUGAAACUUGGUAUAAGUUUGCCAGAAAGACAAUUUGCCACUGUAGCAGCACAAACUUGAAUUCAGAGGCACGGAUAGGGGAGAGUGGAGCAGCAGUCACUAGGUCUGUACUAACAGACAUGCAACACCACAAUCCACAUCCCUACAAACACAAUACUACACUCUGUCUCCAUACAUACACCAAAGGCAGCCUAUGCAACACCACAAACAGCCAUCUCUUGCCCAAUUUGUCUAUUUUGGCUUUAAAUUUUAAAUUCAGUUUGUUGUGUCUCUUAAAGAAAGGAGUAGUUCUAACUUCCUACAUAUCUUAUUUUAUUAAGAUGCCCUAUAUGUCUACAGCAGUGGGAACUUCACAGUAACCGGACCUCAGUCUACUGCAGGGAUAUUUGCCUCUUACCCAUCUGAACAUCUGAGCCAUAUCAACGGCUUUACAGAUCAGGUAAGGGUUGAAUUUACGGUAAGGUUCUUGCCGUGAUCAAAAACAAAACACUUUCUGAUUAAUUCACAGGUGAUUGCUACGGCUGCACUAAUGAUUGCCAUUUUGGCCAUAUUGGAUGAAGCCAACAAUGCUGCUCCUCGUGGUAUCCAACCCUUUAUGAUUGGAAUCGUAGUUCUGCUCGUUGGGUUAUCAAUGGGCUUUAAUUGUGGCUACCCCAUAAAUCCUGCCCGAGACCUGGCUCCACGCAUCUUCACUGCUAUUGCUGGCUGGGGUCUGGAAGUUUUCUGGUAGGUUAAUUAACUUGAAAUCAUUAUUUGUAAUUCAAUUUCUCUUCUUCACCUUUCUUUUCCCAACCUCCUUGAUCUGUUCCCUUCCUUACAUUGUGUGUAAUGAACUAAUGUUGCCUCAACUGCCAUGAGAACCACCAAAAAUUAUCUGGCCCAAAAGCUUUGGUGCAAGUUUUUUUUUUUUUUUCGUCAACUGUAAUUCGACUUACUAUAUUUAACAAUGUGUAUACAUGAGGUAAGGGAUGCAACAUCCAUUUGCUUCUAUUUCUCAUCAUUUGUAGAGUAGGUUCUGGCAUUAAGUUGUGUUGUAAUAGAACCUCCCCUUCCCCAAAAGUAAAACGCUCUGGACAAAGUGUGUGGGACCUACAUCUGGUAAUGUAUUAUCGUUUUUUUUUUUUUUUUUUUAUUACUCAGGGCUGGAUCUAACUGGUGGUGGGUACCUGUAUUUGGACCUCUGGCAGGAUCCCUAGUCGGUGUGAUUCUCUAUCAACUAUUUAUUGAAAUCCAUCACCCAGAGAUCAAGCAAAAGGAUGACCUUGAAGAGGACCAAAAAGACAGACACCCUCCACAUUAUGAGCUAGUUCACUCUUCAGCAUAA